AUGAAGUCCAAUUUAGACUUGAUGGAUGAGUGCGAUGUCUUCCCAUACCCAGGAACGGAAGCUCACGCCUCCCUCAUCCCAACUCUCUACACCCUCCUAUCCCCCACCGGCACACCCAUAGGCUACAUGACCGAAGUCGUUUUCAACGCCCUGGUUAAAGUGCCCAUCCACAUAAAAGGCGAGCUCGAAGUAAACCGUUCUGCUCGGACGAUAACCGCUUUCACCCAGCCGACUGAAAAAGAGCGCUCUUCCGCCGUAGCAGCAACCUGCGAUUACUGGCGUGGCAACAAAACAUUCGAAGUCCUAGCCGGAUGGAGAGACGAGCUAUACCCCGUAUAUGACGAGACGGUGGAGGGAGGGAAGGUAUAUGAUAUUGAACGGAGUGCAUCCUGUUUGUUUGGCGUUGUGACGUAUGGGAUCCAUAUGACUGCUUAUGUUCGAGCCAAGGAUGAAAAGCAUGGGAUUAAGAUCUGGGUUCCUAGGAGAGCGAAGACGAAGAGUACGUAUGGGGGAAUGUUGGAUAAUACUGUUGCGGGUGGAAUUGAGUCCGGGGAGGAUCCUUGGGAGUGUCUGGUUAGGGAGAGUGGAGAGGAGGCUUCGUUGCCGGAGGAGUUGGUUAGAGCGAAGGCGGAGCCGAAGGGCACGAUUACUUAUGUUUACAUAAGAGAACCCAGAGCGGGAGGAGAAAGCGGAUUGGUGCAGCCCGAGUGUCAGUAUGUUUAUGAUCUCGAGCUUCCCCAGGAAGUCAUCCCGAAACCGAAUGAUAGCGAGGUAGAAUGCUUUUAUCUCUGGAGUGUAGAGGAGGUGCAGGCUGCGAUGGGGAGGGGAGAGUUCAAGCCGAACUGCGCGUUGCUUGUGCUGGAUUUCUUUGUUAGGCGGGGGAUUCUGAAUGAGGGGAAUGAGGGAAGUUAUGGGGAGAUUAAGAGGCGGUUGCAUAGGGAGUUGGAGUUUCCGGGGCCGCAUAGAGGGGCUUGA